AUGUCGGGCAUGGAGCAGGAAUGGAAACCAAAGGGUCGCCCACAGUCGACCAUGGCUCAGGCCUUUUCCUCAACGCUGGAUAGCGUUUUCGCACUGGAUUCGGAUGUGGAUCACCUGUCGCAGACUAUAGAUCAGAAGAGAUUUCAAAUGAUUAUAAAAGCGAGAGAGCUGGAGGAACUGCAGGCCAAGAUCCGGGAGACCGAGCGACGUCUGAAAGCUCGUCAAUCACUCAUCGUGGAUGGAAACGGCUCGGGAAACAGCGCAGGCGCAUCGAAGGUAGACAACGAAUAUCGGACAGCAGAGUCCUCCUCUUCGACCGCGACAUCUCCCACAGAUUCAGCGGGGCAGUACUCCAGCAGUGACGAACAGCCAGAGCAAGACCGAAACCGCAACUCAUGA